AUGGGCUCCCCAGAGAGAAAAGACUUCAUGGAGAAUGUGUUUUUGUACCUCCUGGACACAAGGAGCACAGAGGACCUGAAGCUCCUGCUGACUGAAGAGGAGCUGUGGAAACAGCUUGUGGAAGGAACUGGUUUGUCCAGAGAAGAGGAAAUGUUCUUGCAUGAAGCUCUUAGUAAGAUCAUUGCUGAUCCUGAUGUAGAAUAUGAAGAUGAACUCCAAAAUGACCUACAGGGCAAGACAGAGAGGGACAAGGAAGAUGCCUUGAGUGAAGCUCUUGGUGACACCAUAGUGAAUAGUGAUGUAGACGAUGAAUGUCAUCUCCAAAGAGCGCUUGAGGAGAACAAAUGGUUUUUGGAUGUUUAUCCUCAGGUGAAACUGGAGCUUGAGCAGCACAUCAGGAAGCUCCAUGACCUUGCAGACAAGGUUGACAAGGUGCACAGGGACUGCACCAUCACACAAGUGGUGGCCAGCUCCACCAGUGCUGUGUCUGGUAUCCUGACAAUCCUUGGCAUUGCUCUGGCACCUGUGACAGCAGGAGUCAGUCUAGGACUUUCAGCCACAGGCUUAGGUCUGGGAGCAGCAGCAGCUGUGACGAGUGUUUCCACAAGCAUUGUGGAAAAGGUAAGCACAGUGUCAGUGGAAGCUGAAGCUAGCCAGUUGGUGCCAACCAACAAAGACACAGCGAACGCCAUUAAAGAAAUUUUGGAA